AUGUCGGACUACGUUCCGCUGGCAGCCCAGGCGCGGGUGAACCUGACCGGUGACGCCACAACGCCGGCCGGCGUCCGCCCCACCACCACUCCGGCAGUGACGCUGCGUCUGAUUUACGAUCUAGAUGCAUUGGCUGCAAUUCCCGCCGACCCUGACAUUCCGCCGCCACCUGUAGGCGAUCCCCAAAAGCGACGUCCUAUCCAGCCGGAGGAGGACUCCUCGUCUAGCGAUGAGGAGGAGGAACCCCAGCCCGGCCCGGGACCUAGACGCCAACGUCGGCCGCUCACUCGAGCCGAGAGGGAUCGAAGAGAGAUAGAGGCGGCGUUGGCCGAGGACGAAGCCGAGGAUAGGCUGCACGCGAGCAUCCCGCGAGGAGAGUUUACGGCGGCUGAGUUUGUGGUCGAGGAUCUGAAGAACAGCGACCCCGAAGUGCUGACAGCCAAUGCCCUUCGCCACACGGAGACGCUCGAGGAAGGGUCGUCGCUGCGGCAGUACAUAUCGUGGAUACUAGAUUACAAGCGGUGGGCGGUGGAUGCUCUUCCGUCAGAAGGUGACGACCUGGAGCCGGGGUCCAUACUCACUGACAAGGACGAAACCGGCAAGCACAUCGGCGAUGAUUUGGGCGAACGUUGGCACACCGCCCCGCGCCAGUUCAUCUGGUUGCACGGCCCAAGGACCAACGAGCCUCGAAUUCGCGCUUACGUCUUGUUCAGAGCGCGAGAGACCCUCAUCGAGGCAAUGAGGAGCGAAGAGGGCAACACCGCCAUGCGCACGCAGCCGAUCAAGCCUUGCACGGUCAACAUGCUACUCGGCCGCAUCAAGGCCCUUCAGAUGGCGGCCAGGGUAGAGGCGACCCUGUACAAGGAGAAGGAGCUGUACAUCAUGCAGGACAUCUCGGUCGUCCGGACGGAAGUGCGCGUCAUGGUUCGCGGAAAAAACAAAGCCGACAACAACGCACGCGAGAUCACGCUCGCCGACAUCUUUCUGUACCGCCUUGCUAGCGGGUCGUCGGUGAACCCUGACAACCGGCCAAUGGUCAUGGUCAUUGCGCAGCGCAACUCGAAGACGUGCAAGGACGCCCGUCUUCAUCACAGCUACGCGGCGAGGCACUUAGAGGCGGAACAGUGUGCUGUGGGCGAUACAAUCCUCUGGCUGCACUUCAUCUACGACCAGGUCCCCCAGAUCUUCGGCGUCCCCAUAAUUCCGCCGCUGGACGUACGCCGACCGGAGCUUUGGUACGACAAGCAUCUCUUCUUCGCCCGCUACGACAAGGAUCAGGGUUUGCUGCCGUCGUCGAGCCAGCAACGAAUCACUCGGCAGCUGUGGACGGCCAACAAGGUUUUCAUCAAGCACAACGUGCACGCCGCUCGCGCUGGCGGGGCACAAGAGCUGGCUGACCAAGGCACGCCGCGCGCCGAGAUAGCCGAAUUGGGUCACUGGGCUAUUGACAAGAUGACGAGGAGUUACAUCACUUCAAUUCCAGUCGGGGUGGUGAUGAGGAAGGCCGGCUACUCCGGAGCCCGAAGCGACUACUUCCUGGGCCGCAGCAGGCUACCUCCCAGCGCAGACCUCGAAAAAACCAUCGCCGCGCACAUAUUUCCCGGCGUCGAGGAACAGUUGGGGGCGGCGGAAGAGCUCGCACAAGGGCCUGAGGCGAACACGGCCGCGGUGCACUUUAUCCAGACCAUGCUGGAUGCACGCCGCAUUGCGGUCGAGGACCUCGCGGCGUGGGCGAAGGACAUCGAGAAGAUUGACACCGAGACGAUCGCCAAGCGCCGGUCGCCGAUCCCGACCCAGCCAGCUGAAAUCUCAGCCCGCCUGGACGCCGAAUUUCAAGUCGACCUUCUGAACGAGACGCUGGCCUACGAGAGGCACAAAGCGACGCUCAAGCAGAUGAAGGUGGAGAAGGAGCUCGAGGAGGCGCGUGCUGCUAGGCCGACGACCCUGGAAGAGGAGGCAGCUGCGGCCGCUAAGCAAGCUCAGAUCAACGAGCCAGGUUUCAUCGGGCGGCACAGCCUCCUGGGCAAGUCGUCGGCCAACGCAAAACAGGGUGAGAUGCGCCGAAUGAGGAGGGCGAUGGAGGCCGUGCGCCGCUUCCGCUCGUCAGACGGAGAGGCCGACACCGCCGCCGUCAUCAAGAAACUCGACGAGCUCGCUGCGUCGGGAAUUGUGACCUUCUGCGAUGCUCUCAAGAUCAUCGACGCCGACGCGCUUUCGAUACGCACGGAGGGGAACCUGGGCAUCAAGGGGCUUUCUGAGGGUGAAAAGCCCAAGCUGACGGUUGCUUGGGGACUGGUGGCGGCGGGAUACAUGACGCACACGUGGGGCGAGGACAUGUUCCCGACCACGUGGGAAGAGCAGAAAGCUGUGGCGGCCGAAGCGGCCGCUGGAAGACCGCCGCCGCUGCCGACGAAGACGUCCAAGCGUCGGAAGCCGGGCUGA